AUGGAUAGUGCAGCAGGUCUACCAUAUGAUGAAGAGUCUAUGGCGAUCAUCCAUUUGAACAACACCACUGUCAUGUACCUGAAGGAGGUCACCAAGUUCCUGGCAAUGGUUUGCUUCCUGCGCAAAGAAAGCUUUGAGAGGAAAGGUUUGAUUGACUACAACUUCCACUGUUUCAAAAAGGCCAUAGAGGAAGUGUUUGAUGUACGCCUCAAGCCGUUCGAGCUAACCAACAUCUUAAACAUCAGGAAAGCAGCGUGUAUAGAUGGGUGGCUCUGGACGGAGGGGAACAACAGUGUAGGCCACAAAACAGCUGAAACAUGUCGACAAACCUCCUUGUUGUGGUGCCCAGUGCAGGAGGCCUUCACCGGUUUCACUGGAGUGCAGGUCACCCGCCCAGAUAACUCAGCUUUAAAACACUCAAGUCAGCUGCCGUUGCGUAACAGCAGCUGGUGGCGGUCCGUGUCUGCUCUACAUUGUUGUUACAUAAGACAAUUUGAUGUUCGCUCUCCUAAUCCCUACUGUGCGGUCGUGUGCACUCCUCCAUGUAGGAUUUUCCAGCCCGUGUCACCGUCCCAUAAGCUGCGCUGCUCUCUGCACAAGAGGGGUCAGAAAGGCGCGCCAUGGAGCACUUAG